GGAGACAUUUGUCUAAUUCUUCAUCUCUGUCUGUCUGCCGUCAUGCUUUUCGUUGGUCUUUGGACAAAAGGAUUCUGAUUCCCAGGCUCUUAUUUCAUACUCCAAGUGCUAGGAAGGGUUGCAGAAUUUUACGUCGGGAUCAAGCACCGUUUAUCUCAGGAGAUAAACCAGCCGCUUCUAACUCCGAAGGCGGCUUCCUCAGAACCAGAUCACGUAGGUGAGAGUUGGGAAUCACCACAGCUGCCCAAAACAAUCAUGGCUGAACCAGAUUACAUAGACGAAGACAAUCCUGAACUAAUUAAGCCUCAGAAACUAAUUAAUCCUGUAAAAACAUCCCGGAACCAUCAAGAUCUUCAUCGAGAACUCCGUAUGAAUCAGAAAAGGGGACUCGCGCCUCAGAACAAGCCAGAGCUCCAGAAAGUGAUGGAGAGACGGAAAAGGGACCAGGUGUUCAAGCAGAAGGAGGAGGAGGCCCAGAAGAAGAAGUCGGACCUGGAAAUAGAACUUCUCAAGCGGCAACAGAAGUUGGAACAACUUGAACUGGAGAAGCAGAAGAUCCAGGAGGAGCAAGAAAACGCACCCGAAUUCGUCAAGGUCAAAGGCAACUUGAGAAGAACGGGCCAGGAAUCCUCAGAAGCUCCAAAUUCCUAGAGGAAAAAGCUUCUUUUAAGACUUGAAGCUGCAGCUCCAGUGGGCGGUGGGGCGGGGACGUCUGCAAGACAGCUGGCGCCCCUUUGCCCCCCGGAGCGGAUGCAAAACGUGGUCAAUACAAGGUCAAUUCCUGGAUCCUGUUUUGAAAGGGCGACUGCUUAGAAGUCAAAACUUGCCAGUAGUAAUAUGGAAGAUCAGAGGAUAAACACGCAACCUGCUUUCCCCUGUCCAAGAUAGGAUGGAGAAGCUAUUUUUGAGGAGCGGGGUUGCCUAUUUACUCCCGAUCGUGCUUAAGUGAGCAUCUCAGGCUAAUAUGUCUGCAUUUUGUUUCCCCCCCACCCACCCCACCUCGCCUCGUUCCUACUUUGUGGAAUUCUGCUAUGCAGGAAAAAAACACAAAGUGAAUUUUUGAGACCACUUUUUUUUUGGAGUUACAUUCUGUGUGGAAACUUGGCUUCCGGAAUGGAGCUGGACCCCCAGAUCUUUAGUGUAAAUAGA